AUGCCACACACCCUCCUCCUCGGCGGCCACGGAAAAGUGUCCCUCCUAAUGACACCCAAAAUCCUAGCCCGGAACUGGACCUUGACAUCCCUCAUCCGGGACCCCGCACAGAAAGCAGCCAUCCUACGUGCAGCGGAGAAGAAUCCCGGACCGGGGAAGGGGAAAAUCGAUGUGGUGGUGGAGAGUCUGGGGGAGGUUAAGAGUGUGGAGGAUGCGGGGAGGAUCUUGGAUGGUUGUUAAGCCUGAUUGGGUUGUUUGGAGUGCUGGUAUGUUGUUGUUUUUUUGCGAUUUUGUUCUGGGGUGGUGAUGGUGAUGGUAGUUGUGUUACGUGUAUAAGAAAGAAUGAAAGAAGGAAAUAAGCUAAUCAGUAUAUAUGAGCAGGCGCAGGAGGAAAAGGCGGUCCGCAGACAACUAAAGCCAUCGACCGCGAUUCCUGCAUAAACUUCAUCCGCGCCUCCCUCGCCCGCCCCUCAAUCACCAAAUUCCUCCUCAUCUCCGCUUUACUUUCGCGUCGCUCGAGAGCCCCGUGGUGGGCCGACGAAGACUGGUCGCAAGUCCAGAAAAUCAACACGCAGGUCAUGCCCACGUACUAUAAAGCGAAGCUCGCGGCCGACGAGGUCCUCACGGUGGAAGGACGGGAGAGAAAGGGUUUUGGCUGGAUUUGUCUGAGACCGGGGAUUCUGAGUGAUGAGGAGGAGACGGAACGGGUGGGUAUUGGGAAGAUUGGCGCGAGGGGUCAGGUUACGAGGGGGGAUGUUGCGGAUGUGGGGGUGAGAUUGUUGGAGAGGGAGGGGGUGAGUGGGUGGUUUGAUUUGUUGCAGGGCGAGAGGGGGGUAGAGGAGGAGGUUGAGAGGGUGUUGAAGGAGGGGGAGGAUUAUGUUGAGGGGGAGGAUGAGGGGGUUAUGAAGGCGCAUAUUGGGAAGUAUGAUGAUUGA